AUGGAAAAAAAAAAAAUCUCGGCUCCACUCUGCGAACAUUUUCCGCACAGAACAAUCUCGCUCUCAGAAUCAGAUCCUCCUGAAACUCUCUCGUGUUCUCGAAAAAAGUAGUCAGGCUGAAAAUGGAGGGGACUGUGUUCACGCCUUGUCUGGGAGCGAUGAAACAUGUCAAGACCGAACAAGAGGAGAUGCUGACCAAACCUUUUCUGGAGCUCUGCAAGAUGAUCUUGCCUGUUAUCGAUAAGUUUGGAGCUGCUAUGGCUCUUGUGAAAUCUGAUAUCGGUGGCAACAUAACGAGGUUGGAGAACAAAUACCUAUCUGAUCCCGACAAGUUCAAGUACUUGUACACUUUUGUACAAGUGGAAAUUGAGUCUAAGACAGCCAAAGGGUCGUCUAGUUGCACAAAUGGUCUUUUGUGGUUGACAAGAGCAAUGGAUUUCUUAGUGGAGCUGUUCCGCAACUUGCUUGCACAUCCAGACUGGACAAUGUCACAAGCUUGCGGUGACUCAUACCAAAAGACACUCAAGAAAUGGCACGGAUGGCUCGCCAGCUCAAGCUUCUCGGUGGCCUUGAAGCUUGCCCCAGACAGGAAGAAGUUCAUGGACGUCAUAUCUGGUUCCGGUGACAUCGAGUCCGACAUGGAGAGGUUUUGCUCCGAAUUCGGCCCUCUCCUCCAAGAGAAUCAUAAGUUCCUGGUAAGUUUAAAUGUACUGUUUGACAGAUUGGUUUCUAUAAUAACAUUUUUUUUUCUGGGUUGUCAUCAAUGGCUGUGAUUCUGUGUUUUUGACUAUUGGCUUCUUCAUUGG